AUGGCACCAUACGAGGCAUUAUAUGGAAGAAAGUGCAGAUCGCCACUUUACUGGGAUGAAGUUGGUGAAAGAAAAAUGCUAGGUCCAGAUUUGAUAAAUGACAUGAUUGAGAUCGUGAGGCAAAUUCGAUUGAGAAUCAAGGAGGCACAAGAUCGGCAAAAGUCUUAUUUCGAUGCACGUCGGACGGAGUUGAAGUUUAACAUCGGAGAUAAGGUGUUUUUGAAGAUAUCUCCUUCUAAAGGGAUAACUAGGUUUGGAAUCAAAGGAAAAUUGAAGCCACGUUUCAUCGGGCCUUACGAGGUUCUUGACGAAGUAGGUCCGGUGGCAUAUCGUUUGGCAUUACCACCAAGCUUGGGAAAUGUACACAACGUGUUUCAUGUGUCUCAACUCCGGAAAUAUGUUUAUGACCCGAAGCACAUAAUCCACUAUGAAGAGGUUAGUCUAACACCAGAUUUAAACUAUGAAGAGAAACCUAUAGCUAUCCUUGAUCAAAAGAUACAACAGUUACGGAAUAAGUCAAUAUCAACAGUGAAAGUUUUGUGGAAUCACCAUGGACAAGAAGAGGCAACAUGGGAGUUAGAGGAGAAAAUGAGAGAACAAUACCCAGAAAUGUUUAUGUAA